AAUGUUCCGAAGAAAUUUUCGUUAAAUUAUGCAUAAGAGAACACCAGUAUAUAAUUAGCUUAGUGAAGAGACUUGAUGAUUGCAUUAAAACACUUAUGCUAUUAGAAUUUCAAAUAUCAUCCUUUCAGUUGUCAUUGGUUGUGUAUCAGAUACUACAGAGCAGUGGUUGGACAAUAGAAAGAACGGCAGUACUUUCUUAUCUUGUUACUCUUUGCUCUCAAUUGUUUAUAUUUUACUGGAAUGCCCAUGAGAUAAUUAUUGAGAGUACUGAAAUGGCACAAGCUGUAUUUGAGAGCGAAUGGUACACUUUUGACAGGAAGGUCCAAAAUUUACUGAACUUUGUAAUAUUGAGGGCUCAAAAACCUGUGGGUAUUUCCAUAGGACCCAUUUACAAAGUCAAAAUGGACGCACUAAUUGGUAUUUUUAAAGCUAUUUACUCGUAUGUAGCUGUUAUUCAGAAGUAAAUACAUUGGACAAAGAUCUUCACUUCUGAAUGUAGGUACUAAUUGCAAUAACAUAAUUAUAUUCA